CAAAGGUCCAGUUCAGUUAUAGAUUGCUUUAUUGUAAGUUGAUUUUUAGUAAUUUUUUUUAUCAUCAGUGUCUACGGCUAUCAGUGUAAACUGGUUAUGAUUCAAAUUAAUGAUUCACAAUUUUUUUAUUUCAUUUCAACUUCCUAUCACCUCAACUGAUUUAUGAUUGUAUUCUACCGUUGCUCGCUUUAUUUCUAAUGUUCAUAUUUGACACUUGAUUCAAUAGCAUACUUGCUCUAGCUCUGUUUCUUAUCCACAGUACAUAUGUACACACACACACACGUACACUUGCACACGUCUAAGCUUUUCUCUGAGCAUGAAACAAUUCUGUUUUUAUUUUUUGUGGCUGGUAAUAUGUUUCAAUCAUGUUGAUUAUUUCACCUUUGUCUCACUUAUUUAUCCCAUCAAAACAAGAUAUAGUGACUAUCUUUUAAAUACUAGACUGUCUUGGGAGAGGAAAUGUAGAACACACUUUUUUUGUUAAGUUCUAGACAUCUUUUCUGUUUCUACAGUGAAGAAAUACUGAUAUUAUUUCCUUUUAUUCCUUUACCUGUAAUUUAAUGUCUGUGUGUGUAUUAUUGACUUUUUUUUUUUAGCGUAGUAAAUUCCCUUAGGGAAAUAACUUAAUGUUGAUCCAGUGCGUCUCAAAAAGUUGUUUUCAAAUCUGCUAAAAAUGCUCACAUUUUUCAGAUUUAUUCAUAUGGAAUAGUUUGUGAAUGUAAGAAACAGAGUGGGUAUUUAGACUUUCUGAGAUUCCUUCUUUAUGUCAUUUGUAAAUUCAUUUUUGUAUUAACUAUAAGUAUACUCAAUUCUUAUAUUCAGAACCAACUUGUUAUUGAAGCCCUGAUAAUUACCUACUAACAUAAGUGUUAUGUGACGCAGUGUCUAGGAAAGUUAAGGAGGGAAAGGAAACUGAUUUAGGGCAUUUGGUCACAGGAAUUAUCUCCAUAGUCAAUUCAGCUCAGCACUUUCACACCACUUUGAGGUAUUUGGCCCAAAUUACUUGCAUAUUUAUGUUCCCUUUCAAGUUUUCCUUUCUCAUUUUGGAAUUGACCUUAUUAUAAUUAACUAUAAAUUGAGUAUCUAGUGCUUGGGUGAAAAGAAUUUCAACUGUGGGAAAGGGGAGUCCUGCAACAGAUGCCUAAAUUUGUAUUGAAGUCAAGAAACGUGUGAGAUUGUUUUGAGCAUCUAGGGCUAGAAUUUAUGCUUGUGGAAUUCCAAACUGAGAAAAAAAAGAUUUAAGGCAUGUUACUUGAACUGAAAUUAGAUGAAUAAAAAGAAUAUGAGGUGUUUGUUGGAAGAGAGAGGCUGUUCCAUAUUUUUUUAACAUAGUUUGAACUAGUUAGGAGUUGUCAACCAUGAUCUUAGAGAAUAAAAAGGAAAGGUUGGUUUUGACACUUGAGAUUAAGAAGGUUAUUUUGAUUAGAGGUAGCGGGAAAGGUAUGUUGAGAUGCAACAUAUGGGGCAGUUAAAUAAAAGGAUAAAAUUAAAACACUUACAUUUCAUGUCAUUAAAUGUCUAUGGUAACCUACUAGGGUAUACUCUAUGAUUAAAGUGUAAAACACUUAAUAAUCCUUUUCAUAAAUGUCAUUUAUAAUUAACAAGGGAAACUGUAUGGUAUUGGUCAUCUUUAUCUUGAGUAAAACCCUACCUUUGAUCUCGCCUCCAGUUUCCUCUGAUGAAAGGAGGAGGAAAAUUAUAUGCAUAGCAGAUUGAAGAUAAUACUGGGUGUCACUUCAUGGCUGUCACAAUUUCCCCAUACCACUUGGUGGGGCUAUUUUUCCACAUGGUCUUUGCUUUAAGUCUGGAGAAAAGACUUUGUUCUUCGAAUAUGUGUAUUGCCUCUGAUUAGAAAAAGACAAACUUUUCUCAUUACUGAGUUAAUGGCUCUUCUAUAGGGUUUCAUCUCUAGGGAUACUUAUUUGGUAGUAAACAGUGGAAAAUAGAUCUGUCCAAAACUCCUAAACUGACUCAUUUCCUAUACAUCAGUACAAUAUAUCUAUCGGAAUACCGAAUCCUAUUAUUAAAAGGCUUCUGACUGCAGUUUUCUAAAUAGACUCCAAGCGCCGCUGUUGGCCAAUGCGCUGCCAGAGCUGGAGUCCAAUAUCUACCCAUGUGAUUUUCUGCACGAUCACAGAAGCAAGUCGGCAAGGAGAGUAGCGGGAACUCAGGCUCUCUGCUCGGCAUAUCUGAUUACGGGUUACGGACUGGGAUGUCUUCAAACUGGGAGCGUUGAGUUUUCUCCGUGGUCGACGUAGACAUUUUAAACGCAAUUUGUAAAUCAUCUUCUCUUAACGUCUGAGGCUGUAGCAGAGCAGAGAAGGAUGGGAAAUAGGGCGGAGCAGAGGAGCAGUACCUGGCGGCGGCGGCGGCAAGUACUCUUUUCUUUCUUGCUGCCUUUGUUACGCGGAGCGCUCUCCGAGCAGAUCCGCUACUCUAUUCCAGAAGAAAUGGCCAGAGGCUCAGUGGUGGGGAAUGUCGCUGAGGACCUGGGGUUGCCUGUACGGGAUUUAUUGACCCGCAACCUCAGAGUUAGCGCAGAGAAACAAUACUUUACUGUGAACACGGAGAAUGGAAAUUUACUUGUGAGUGACAGAAUAGAUCGGGAGUCACUCUGUCCGCAAAACCCUCAAUGUGUCGUGCCUUUAGAGAUUGUAGCAGAGAAUCCUCUAAAUGUUUUUCACAUAAACGUGAUGAUAAAAGAUAUAAAUGACAACCCACCUCAUUUCCCCCAAAAUAGCAUUGUUUUACAAAUCAACGAAUUUGCAACUCCAGGAACUCGGUUUGGCCUGGAAUCAGCUAUAGAUGCAGAUGUAGGGCCUAACUCUCUCCAGACUUACCAGCUCAGCUACAGUGAGCUUUUCUCUCUGAUGGUUGAGGAUAAGACUGAAGGCAAGAAUGUCCCAGAAUUAGUGUUGGAGAAGCCGCUGGACCGGGAACAACAGAGCUCCCAUCUUCUGGUCCUGACAGCAGUGGACGGGGGUGAUCCCAUCCAAACUGGCACCACUCAAAUCAGGAUCAAGGUCACUGAUGCCAAUGAUAACCCCCCAGUGUUCAGUCAAGAUGUGUACAAAGUUAGCCUGCGUGAGAACUCGCCCCCAGGCACCUCUGUUGUAAAGGUGAAAGCCACCGACCAAGACGAGGGCAUAAAUUCAGAGAUAACCUACUCCUUCAAAACACCGCGAGAUAUUGGAAAAAUGCUUGUGCUAGAUCAUAAAAGUGGAGAAAUUAAAUCCAAAGACCCUAUAGACUUUGAAAUCAGUAGCAGUUAUACCAUAAGCAUAGAGGCCAAGGACGGCGGAGGCAUGGCCACCGAGUGUAAAAUUAUACUGGAAAUUUUAGAUGAGAACGACAGUGCCCCAGAGGUGAUUUUCACAUCGGUGUCUAGUUCCAUAACUGAGGAUGCCAAACCUGGAACCGUGAUCGCUCUGUUCAAAACACAUGAUAAAGAUUCGGGAGAAAACGGUGAGGUCACAUGUCUCAUAAAAGAAAUAGUUCCUUUUAGAAUUGAAUCUUCCGCCAAUAAUUACUACAAGCUUGUAACAGAUGGAGCCUUGGACCGGGAGCAGAUCCCGGAGUACAAUGUCACCAUCACAGCCACUGACAGAGGCAAGCCCUCUCUCUCAUCCAGCAGAAGCGUCACCCUGCACAUCAGCGACGUCAACGACAACGCUCCGGUUUUCCACCAGGCCUCCUAUGUCGUCCACGUGGCAGAAAACAACCCGCCUGGCGCCUCCAUCGCCCAAGUCAGCGCCUCAGAUCCCGACCUGGGGCCCAACGGCCACGUCUCCUACUCCAUCGUGGCCAGCGACCUGGAGCCGCGCGCGCUGUCGUCCUACGUGUCCGUGAGCGCGCAGAGCGGCGUGCUGUUCGCGCAGCGCGCCUUCGACCACGAGCAGCUGCGCGCCUUCGAGCUGACGCUGCAGGCCCGCGACCACGGCUCGCCCGCGCUCAGCGCCAACGUGAGCCUGCGCGUGCUGGUGGGCGACCGCAACGACAACGCGCCGCGGGUGCUGUACCCGGCGCUGGGGCCCGACGGCUCUGCGCUCUUCGACACGGUGCCGCGCGCCGCGCAGCCCGGCUACCUGGUCACCAAGGUGGUGGCGGUGGACGCCGACUCUGGGCACAACGCCUGGCUGUCCUACCACGUGCUGCAGGCCAGCGAGCCCGGGCUCUUCAGCCUGGGGCUGCGCACGGGCGAGGUGCGCACGGCGCGGGCCUUGGGCGACAGGGACGCGGCCCGCCAGCGCCUGCUGGUCGCAGUGCGCGAUGGGGGACAGCCGCCCCUCUCGGCCACCGCCACGCUGCUCCUGGUUUUCGCGGACAGCCUGCAGGAGGCUCUGCCUGACCUCAGUGACCGCCCAGAGCCCUCUGACCCCCAAGAUGAGCUGCAAUUCUACCUGGUAGUGGCCUUGGCCUUGAUCUCCGUGCUCUUCCUCUUGGUAGUGAUUCUGGCCAUUGCCCUGCGCCUGCGACGCUCCUCUAGUCUGGCCACCUGGGGCUGCUUUCAGCCUAGUCUCUGUUCUAAGACUGGACCAGAGGGGUUUUCCAACUACAACGAGGGAACUUUGCCUUAUUCGUACAAUCUGUACGUGGCCAAUUCUCGGGAAACAGGGUUUAAUAUUCUCACCAUGACGCCAGAAAUGGUCCCUCCAGAAGAUCUUUCCAAUGAAGCUCCUUUGGGAGUAAGUGUCACUGAGGAGAAUAACAAGUUGAACUCUAACUCUGUUGCUUCUACUCACCAAGCCCCGCCCAACACGGACUGGCGUUUCUCUCAGGCCCAGAGACCCGGCACCAGCGGCUCCCAAAAUGGCGAUGAAACCGGCACCUGGCCCAACAACCAGUUUGACACAGAGAUGCUGCAAGCCAUGAUCUUGGCCUCCGCCAGUGAAGCUGCUGAUGGAAGCUCCACCCUGGGAGGGGGCGCCGGCACCAUGGGCCUCAGUGCCCGCUAUGGGCCCCAGUUCACCCUGCAGCACGUGCCCGACUACCGCCAGAAUGUCUACAUCCCCGGCAGCAAUGCCACUCUGACCAACGCAGCUGGCAAGCGAGAUGGCAAGACCCCGGCAAGUGGCAACGGGAACAAGAAGAAGUCAGGCAAGAAGGAGAAGAAGUAAUUCGGAGGCCAGGCCUGGAGCCACAGGGCAGCCUCCCUCCCCAACCAGCCCAGCCUCUCCCUACCUGUACCCAGGCCUCGGAUUUUCAGGGCUCACCCCCAGGAUCCUGGUAGGGGCCCAGGCCAUGCUCCCCUUGGGAAACAGAAACAAGUGCCCUGUCAACACCCCCCUCUCUGCCC